AUGAGUCUGAUAGUUAGGGAAGUUUGGGAUUACAAUCUGAUGGAGGAGAUCUCCGCACUCAUGGAGGCUUCUUCCAAAUGCGAUCACUGUUUUGUGGCCAUGUCCACAAACUUCCCUAGCAAUAUUUUCACUUCCAAAGAAGGCAAGGAAGUUUCUCCUUACAAUCUAAUGAAGUUUAAUGUUGAGGCAACCUGCAUCAUUCAAUUGGGUCUUGCUCUCUGCGAUGCCAACGGAAAAUCUUUUGGCGUUUGGGAGUUCAACUUCAAGGAUUUCGACGAGCGUAUUCAUUCUCACCAUAUUAAUACCAUUGAGUUACUGAAAGAUCAAGAAAUUUACUUCGACUAUAACGGAGUUAUGGGUAUCGACUCCUUGCGCUUCGCCAGGCUAAUCCUGAAGUCUGGCCUGUUGAGCAACUCCCGUAUCACGUGGGUCAUGUUCCAUAGUGAUUAUGAUUUUGGUUACUUUAUAAAGAUGUUGACUGGGGGAGAAGUGUUACCCUUACACCAGAGUGUUUACGUGAAGCACAUGAUCAAGUUCUGCGACGAUGGAGUCUAUGCGGGCUCGGAGUUAGAGAUUGUAGCCAAGACUCUGGGGCUGGACCGUGAAGUCGGGAGGGCGGGUUCUGAAAGUCUGCUCACCUUGCAAACCUUCAUGAAACUCGAGCAAAAGUAUUUCAACGGACGUUCACUGAGCGAGUUCGAGCAUGUUCUUCACGAUUUUACUUGA